AUUCAAAUUUAACCGGUUAAAAAGUGCAAUUGGUUUUCGUACUCACUAAAUCACUAAAGUAAUUGUUGGAAGUUGUGAACACAUGUUUCUUGAAAGUAAUAAUACAAAUGUAGGAAAUGCGCUUUCGUCCCAGCUUUAUUUUUAAUAUUUAUCAUGCAUUUCUCUAGUUAUGAAAAUUACAUACGUCAUUAUACUUAUGCGAAGUAGUAUUUUUUUUUCUUUACUGAUCUUAAACUCACUGAACACUUGAAGUUGGAAGGACAUUCUUUUUUUAUGUAUGCUUCAUUUUUGAAAGGAAUGAGUUCAAAAUGUCGUAGUGUUCUACACCUGUAAAUUUUUUAUUCACAUGUCUUAAUGAAUCUCAAGUCACUUUCGAAUUACUCUUCCGUAACAUAUAGUUAGGGACACUUCCCAGGUUUUUAGAACUUAGGUUUUUUUCGGAGCACUUUAGUUGGACUUUGAAUUGUUCUACUUAACAGCCCCUUCAAGGUUAACAUACAUAAUUCUCCUAUAUCAUGCUCUAGUAAAUCCUAUUCUCAGUCUUUUCAUAUGAACAAAUGUGGAAUACUGGCAUAAAACACCGUUCAACGACAUCAAUUGUUGAUGCGUGGUGUGAAGAGGGGUCUAUGAUUCCUGGACCGUCUAUAAAUGCCCAUGCUGAUUUUGAAUAAUAUUUGUUUUUGUACAGUCUUCAGUUCGUUAUACUUUAUUUAAAGACUUUGUGCUUCCGAGAACUAAAUAGCCGGUGACUAGUCGUUGAACUAGUCAUAUUUCGUGCUUAACCGUAAUUAAUGUGUAUCAUCUCUAAUCGUAUAUCACUUUAUGUGUUCGAGAACAAUACAGAACCGCAGGUUAGUGAUCAUGAUAUAUGAAUGCAAAAAUGCCAAACUUCAUAUAUAGGAUACCAACAAACAAAACGUUUCUACUGACGCACCAUGAAGAUGCUAUCAGACCCUUAACACCCGAGGGUGUACAGGUCUUGAUGGCAUCUGGUGUCUGUUUAAAAAAUAUGUAGUUUUAGACCUUUAAACUAAAUUACUUCGCUGUAUUACGUUGUAGCUGUGUUAUACCUUAACUUCGUUUAAAUGUGUGAAAUCCCUUAUUCUAGUUUUUUGGCUUAGGCUCAUAAAAUCUUUAAAUAUAUUUUCGCUACAAAUAUGUCAGUUAAAUGCCAAAAGUGUCUGUUACACAAAAUACCUAUGACAGAGUUUGUCUGACCGCAAGUUACAGAAUAUAUUUCAUUCAUAUGUGAUCUUAUGUGAUGCCAUUCAAUAUUUGGACAGUAUGUAUGCCAUUACCUUCGUAAGAAGUCCCGUUAUACAUUCGAAGUCUUCGUGUUACAGAGAAUUCUGUUUUAUGCGACACUAAUAUCAGUUAAACCAACGGGUCUUUUCUCAAGACGUAAUGGGAGGUUAUUUAGUAUGACAUCCUUUUUCCAGACACUCGAUGUGCGUACACUGACUCAAAAGGAUCGGAUUAAAUAUUUCUUUUUCAAAAUUAAGAUCUUUGAAUUUUACUGCCAUGCAAAAUUUGUUACGGAAAAUUUUAUUGGUUAUUAAUUUCAUAUGUCUGAUCCAUAAUUUCUGAUUCCACUAAUAUUUAAAAUAAAGAUAUUAGAUGAAAUUAUUUUAUAAACAGAUUUACGUACGUUUUGAGUAAAGCAUUUCUUGGUGGGUUGUUUUACAUAUUAUUUUGAUUGUUUUACAUGCAACAUCUUUACGAAAAGCAACAUUGUUACUAUUCUUGCACUGAUAAUCAUCGUUAAUACAAUUUAUAUAUGAUACAACUAAUUGUAUACACUCUCACUGUUGAUCAUAGCUGUUAUGUAGUAUUUAAACAUUUUCGAGUACCAUUUGUCAGACAUUAAAUGUUUAGUACUAAUUUCGUAGAAAAAAUAUUAGCCAGUUUAUUUUCCUUGAAAAAUAAUUUGAUUAGGAGUCGUAUAUAGAAAUGCGAGUUGAAUAGUCCAAUAAAGCAAAAUUUUGUUGCAAGAACUUUUUCUCCGUGGUUCAAACAUACUAUUGAGUCUAAAAUCAUCGUCUGGAACAUGUUUUCAAAUAACCGAAUUCUUAGUUUUGGUUAAAAAACUGCAAAGACUUGUAUGAAAAUAAUCUGCCAAAACGUGUUUAAAAGUGGCAAAUAAUUACUUGAUAGCUCUGUAUUUUUUAUUUAUCUAAAACAGGAGCUUCAACAGUUUUCUCGAGUACUUCAAAUAAUUAUUAUCCCUUAAAAAAUUUAUAGUCUGAAAACUAAUAUUUUCAACCAAAGAUAUAAAGUCAGUUGUUGCUAUAAGUCACAAAUAGAUUAAAAGCCACAAUUUAUUUAAAACAUUGAAGUUUAUAUCAGUGAAAGGUGAAAACUUAGAACUAGUAGCUUCUUGACACAGAAUAAUUUAAUAUUAAAUGAAGAUUUAUGCCAUAUAUUUUCCUUUAUGAGACUGUUCAAGCAAUUUAGUUCUCAGAUAUAGAACAUUGCACAUAGAAGUCAAUAAAUGAUUUUUAAUACUAGAUGUUUAUAACUGUGGUAUUCGGUUUCAUAAAGUACAAGUUCUCAGGUGCACAAAUUUCUUCGUCGACUGAUCAAAUGUGAAAUUUCGUAACAAUAUUUUUAAAAUACGUUCAGAGUUGGAUAGAAUUGGAAAUCAAACAGUCUACUGGUAUGGAAUCUGAUGAUAGCUGCGAAAUAGCCUCGGUAAUUACAAGAGCAGAUACCAAGUCUGAUUUAUCUGAUAAUCAGACCAUUGAUUGGAGUAAUCGUCAAAAUCUGAGAAAAGAAAACUAUUCAAGUUGUGAUGAUUGCCUAUCAAAUGUAGAAGUAUUAUCAGAUAGUUGUUUGAACAAACAAUUUCACACUUUUUCACUAAAGCUAAGAGGUGAGUUACUCUGUUCGGAUUUCAAUCGUUUUACCUAGAGCAAGGAAAGAAGAUUAAACUCCUGGAACAAGAACGAAUCGGCUUUUUGGAACAAAUAGCCAAUCUCUGUUCAUCUUUAGAAAAAAAACAACAAGAGUUGGUUGAUGUUUUGAAACUUUCGGAAGAAAAAGCAAAAUACCACGCUCAUUACAUGACUGAGGUUUGUUUGUAAUUCCCUAUCGAUUUUUGUCAUGUUUGCAUUGUUGUCGCAUAUAGUGUGUGUAAGUAGAUUAACUGUCUACACAGGCGUAGUUGUUUUAUAAUUAUCUGAUUGUUCCACCAUGGAUACUCACAGUGCUUGAUCACGAUAAGAUCACUCAUUAAUUCAUUGUAUUACAAUGGUAUCCAUAUUUUUAAUUGGUCUCUAUUCUUAGCCAAAUUUGCAUAUGACACAGGUGAAUCAUCACCUGUUUCCAUUUAAAAUUUCAGGAAGCAUGCGCAUGGGUCCAUUUAAAAUGAGAUGAAAAACUGAGUUUUAAGUUAAGCAAAUUUUGGAUUUUAGGUCAUUAGGCACUACCAUUUAUUUCACUUUAUGACGCGUUAUACCACCCCAUGAGGUAUAUAAUCUGAGUAUGGAUACAAAAUUGUUACCGAGAAGUUGACUAUACACAGAGAAAAGCCUAAAUAUAAGUCAGUUAAUGGAUAAGGUGCAUACCAAAAUCAUUGUUUUUAAGAUGAUCUAAUAAUGUAUGACGUGCCGAGUUUUUUCGUCACUGUAAGGUAAGAGGUUAGAAGGGCGCUGGUAAACUGAGCAAACUAAGUUUCGAUUUUAGUUUCUAGAACGUAUCCUGUUAUUAUAUAUCAGCACAUGGAAAGAUUAUAUGCUUCAGUUAAAAAUUAAUUCAUAGGUUAACUUAUGAACUUAAAUUAUAAUUGAGUUCUUAUCAACUCUUAUUCUGUGAUUUCUUUUGCACUCUUGGAAUAAAAUAAAAAACAGGUUAGUAGUCUACUAGCCGAACUGAAAACACUAUUUUCAGAGCAUUCAAACUGUUUUAAUUCAGGAAAUCAGGCUUUAAUAGAUCAGGGUGAAUUUGGGAAUAAGAAUGAAGUUUCAAAUAGUACCAAUACUGAAAACGUACAAUUGAGUUCCACUAUUGGUUCAGUGAAAGGCGCUUGCUGUUCAGAAUCUCAGCAAGAUCAUCGUGGCCGCGCUCUAAUUAAUGAACUAUCUGCUACAGUAAGUGCUGUCAAAAAUAUGAACAGCAAAAAAUUGAUAAAACACGACCCUUCUCCACAAACCCCACAUAUAUUUGGUAAGCAUUCUUUUAUAAUUUCUUAUAAAUCUCGUUGUUAUUUUUCUUUUAUGUAUUGUAAGAGUUGGUAAACUAAAAUGUAAUUAAUUCGAACUAUUGAAAGUGACUUUUAGUGUAUAAUUUACACUUUGUGGAUAAACGAAGUGUAAACUAUUUGAAUAUUCAAAAAGCAUUCUUAAAGAAGAUGUGAAUUAAAGAAAAGGGACAUAACUAAAUCUUUACAUAAUGGCCAACAGUGACAAUAGAAUAAAGAGCUACUGUGUCCUUUCUACUGAAGUUAAAUUUGGGCUAUGUUAUCAAGAACAUCUGUUAAUUGAAUUCCAUACACCACAUGCUCCUCCAAAAAGUCCUUAAUUGCCUUCGUGACCAUAACCAACCGGUACAGCAUCUUGAACUGAUCACUUUUUAACAUUCUACUAUAUCUGAGUAAAAAGAACAGUCUGACCUUUUAUAAAGGUUGAAAUCGGGUAUAGAGUGAAAAAACUUCGAAUUUAUUUUCAUGAUCUGUCAUUAUAUCUAUAACCAUUAGAAUUUACUCAUGACACACGUCGAACAUCUUAACCAAUGUUGAUUAAAAAUAGUUAUGUAUUUUCAUAUACACUGAUGGGUUGGUGAUAACAAUGUAAAGUAAAUAUUGUAGUUACGUAAGGUGCAAUAAUUCUGCAUAUGAAAGUCUAGGAUACAAAAUAUAGUGGAACAGAGUCUAAGAUAGUUUCACAUUCUUUGAUGUCUCCAUCAAAACGUUGUAGUGUUAAGAGAUGAUUAUAGCAUCACGGCAUGUCUUUUGUACCAAGAUUUCUCUUUGACAUCCAUGCAAAAUAAAGAGUACCGUGGGAAACUGUGACUUUUUAAAGAAAUAGAUUUUAGAAGCUGAUGAUAUCUCAAGUAGAGGCUUGCAAGUGAAAUAAUGUAAGCUAAAAGUAGGUAAACUGUAAAAUCUCUUAAAGCAACAGCUUUGACAAAUUUUCUAUUAUCUCUCAAAAUUACUUAUAACGUAAACAGAUCUUAUUAUAAAACUAAAAUAAACAGUUUAACUGAAUUUGUUUGUUUUGUUGAUCUCCUGUUAAUUUCUAAUCUACAUAUAUUUGCAAUUCUUGACUCUAAGUUGGGAUGUCUCCAUUGAUUAGUGGUCAUUAAUUCGGUGUGUGUCUUACUCUUCGUAGAAACGUUUCCCAUAAGCAAUGUCUUCACUGCACAGUUUGCUUACUCGAAAAAUAUGCAAACUGCCUAAUUAGUUGGUGCAAUAUAUUAUUUCAAAGAAUGUUUAAGUUGAAAUAAUUAAUUUGCUCUUUAGACUAUUAUUCCUGCAUUGUAUAUAUAUAUAUUUGGAGAGAGAGAAGGAAAUCUAUGACUGAAUUACAUUACUUUCAGGGUAGUAUACGUUUGAGUGUUGUCUUCUAAACAAAGACUAGUGAGAAAUCCGAAAUUAACUAUCACCUCACUAUAAAAUCAAUUGUAGUUCGGAGUUUAGUUGGAGUCUCAUUUUCCAUCAUUUUUCAGUUUUCCUUGUUUUAAUUGAUGAUAGUUUGAGUUGUCUGGUAGAUUCAAGUGAAGGAAACUUGAAUAUAGUGUUCAGCGAAACUGAAAAAUCUUAAGAAAUGGGUGGCUGAUUUUUUGUUCAAAUUAAUGUAUAUUUUAAUGCCUCUACUAUAGCAUUUCAGAAUUUGUGAACUGUUUAAAAUCAACUGUGUAGCCCUUCCUAGGUGUAGAAAUUGCUGUGUUAACAAAGGUUACUUUAUGCAGUCAACUGGUUCAACACAUAGUUCUAUUUAAAUCAUUUGUAAAGGUUUUUAACUUAACUAUCAUAAAACCACAAUUCUGUGGUUUCAAGAAGAUAUUCUCAUAAUUUUAAGAUAUUUUCCUUCACUUCUUACGGUUUCUCUUUGUAAAGAGACUUUUUUCUCAAUAUUGAGUUUCAUUCGAAGAAUUAUGAACCUGUUUAAAUAAUAAUAUUCCUAGUGAAUGUACACCUUUACGUUCUACAUUUACUUUACUUAAGCCUAUUGUAUUUACAAUUUAACAUCAAUCUUAGUUUUUCCCGUCAGUAAUUAAUCUAUAUACAAUAUCGUUUUUCGUAUUCACUCCUAACAUAAAAUAUAAAUGAAUAACAUUUAGCGUCAGUAACUUGGUCGUUUGACCUUCAAAAAUACUUAUAAUAGGGUUAAAAAUCUUUGUAUUACUCUGUUUUUCAUUUUCUUUAGUAUCUUUGUUUAUAUAGACAAUAUUACAAACUUUAUGAGAUUCGCGCACGAGACCGAAGGAUCUUGGUAUUGAGUCCCGCGUGUGUAGUCGUGGUUGAGCACUAUUGAGGGGUCACAUACUAAAACGAAACGGCCGUUUAGCGCUUUCAGUUUUCAAUGGUGGUCUAACAUUGAUCCACUCAUGAUAUCAAUCUAAACUCAACAAUCUUCACAACAUUAUACUUGUAAUUCUAAAGCUACCAGCCGGACCUUUUCCUAAAUUAUUUUUAUUGAUAAAAUUUAGUUUUACCUAGGCUAGAUGUUGUAGUUAAACCAGUUUCUUUGCAAUUGCUUCUUAUAAGCGUAUACAAAUUCUGAUUAAGCAAAGAUUUUUUUAAAAUUCAGGGUUUGUGGGAUUCAUCAUGUAGUUGAUAUUUUUAAGAUAUAAGUAAAUAUAUACUGUAUACAUAUAUACAUUUGUGGCUUGAAAUAUUGUUUUUAGGAGUAGGUAGCCAUGUAGCGGUUUGCGUCUAGCCAGAAGGUACUUUGUGUACUAGGGGAGGAUGCAAAGUAUUAUGAGUGAGAAGGGCUGUGAAGGAGAAUGAAAGAAAAAAUAAAUCGAAGGCCUAGAUGGUGUACACAAUACAAUUACAUUUACUAUAGAAAGCAAUAGAUGACAGUGAGCAGUUACACAAGCCUCAGAUUAUGACAAAAUUGGAAUGGAAACUGGAAGCAGAUAGUUUAACACACAACGGUCCUCGUAGUUUAAAAGUGGAGGAUAUUUUUCAAAUGUUUAUUCGUAUGAUGUGUCUAGUUAAGUUUUGUUUUAAUUAUUUAAAUAAUUUAAACAAAUUAAAUUACUGAUUGAUUGUUUCAGCUUUAUAUAGGUUUUUCUGCUUUACAUCUAAAAAAUUUAAUUGGAUUUAUAAUCACCAGGAUAUAGAGACGAAGAAAUUAUAAAACAAUUUUGUGUGAACUUUUCCUGUGAUACAUAAUGUGACAGUUUGUGAAAAAAAUUAUUCCUGACAUGUUAUCAAGCUCAUUCAGAUGGAAUUUAGUAAAAGAUACGUUAUCAUCCAAACCUUUAAAUAAUUCUGAUCGAAAUCCUAUUAAAAUAUCUACAAAUCAGUUGCCUAGUAAAUUAAUUCAGCACACUCAGGUGACAAAAAAUCCUAUAGCUUCAGAUGUUUGCAUAUUACCAUCAUUUUGUUGGAACACUGACCAUGUUCUAUACUGGUUACGUGAAUAUGUUUGCCUACCUGGUGGAUGUUUGGAAGCUGCUAGUCGACUUCGUUUAGAUGGUAAACAAUUAACAAGUGUAUUCGACAGAAAAAUUGAAAAACAGUUACAUCUUAAUGAUGAAGGAUUAAGAAAAAAAUUUUUUACAGCUCUCGAAGAUUUACGAAUACAUGGACCGCCUGGUAUAUCACGGCAUCCAGGACCAAGCCAUAUAAGCUAUCAAUGGAUUUGUGAUAUUUGGUUAAAACAUCAUUUAGGUCUUGUACAACUAAUUCCUAUAUUUUCAAUAAGACGUGUGGAUGGUCGAAUGUUGUCUAGUUUAAUUACAUACAAACGUCCAAAACAUUCCAUCCAGCAUAAAAAUAGACGAAAAAGUAAAGAUAAUCAUAAUUAUGAUAACGAUAAUUGCUAUGAUAUAAUAAUUUCUAAUCCCAAUGAUGAUAUUCCUCUUUCGAAUUAUUCACAACAGAAUCUUAUCAAUUUGAAAACUAAUCAAAUUAAUGGUAGUAAUAAUAAUAAUAAUGAUAAUAUUAGUAAUCAUUCAAGUGUUAAAAGUAUUUCGUCUGUAUCUUCCACAAGCAGCAUAACGAACGCUGUUCAAGAUUCCUGCAGUCAUAGUAAUGGCAGUAAUAAGUAUGAUAAUGGUAAUGAAUAUAUAGAACGUAAUUGGCAAGUUGGUGGACGUAAAGAAAUGUUACAUAUUUUAUUAGGUCUAUCGCAUACAUCAUCAUCAUCGUCGUCGAGUAGUGGUGCAGAUUUAUCUGUAGAUUCUAGAUAUUUACUUGGCAAAAAAGAGGCUGAAAGUUUACGUACUGCUAUUGAAUUAUUGCAUCAUCAUAAUUUUAAUAUAGAGUUGAUAGAACAAAUUCGUGAUAAAUCUGAUCUUUCCGAAUUAGAUCUUUUGUAUUGGACAAAUGAUCAUAUUGUUAAGUGGUUAUCUGAUUUAGGUUUAAGUGAUUUUGUGCACGGAAUUGAUGCAAGUGGUUUACAUGGUGCAUAUAUGGUACUUGAUUCAACGUUCGAUUUUAAUACAUUGAUUAAACGUUUGCAUAUACCAUUGAAUGUUGCAGUUUUGUGUAAAUUAGAGGAGAAUUUACAACGAAUAUUGAAACCAGCUAGAACUCGUGAAGGUAUAUCUACCAAACAGCAUAGAAUUUUUCGUCGACGUAGUAUUAGUCGGCUAAGCUGUACAAACGGUAUAAUGCAACGUAGUAUUACAUCAACUAAUACAAUCAAUGGAAGUUGUUUAUCGUUGAUAAAUUCACCAGAAUCCCAAACCAAAUCAUCUACGGAUAAUAAUAGUAAUAAGCAUGUAAAAAUGAAUGGAAAUGUAUUUAAUAUGAAUGAAAACAAAAAUACUGUCGUAGCAUCUUUUACUAAAACUGAUGUUAUUCGCGAUGCUGAAUCAUUGAAUCUAACCAUUAAGGAUAUCGAUUUAACACUGAAUAAUCCAAUUGGAUUGACACCGAGACGCGAGAAACGUCGAAUUCUAACAGUUACCGGUGAUUUAAUGAAUUCUAAUCGUUUAACACGUGUAUUUACACGUGGUCAUAAGACAUCAGUAGAUGUUACUGAACAGUCAAAUAAAUUACUAUCAAAUACACAAGUAUCCAAACAAUUAUCAGUAAUGGGAUUGAAUAUUAAUAAUAAUGGCAUUAAUGUUAACAGCUCCAAUGAUAAUUUAGAUUGGUCAUCUGAUGUUGAAGAUAAGUCAAGUACUUUAGUUAGAAAAACAUCUGAGAAAAGUUCAGACAAUUCUUCUACAUUAAAACAAUUAAAUUCAUUAGAUUGUAGAAAAACUACUCCACCUAGACAAGUUGUUCAGCCUCACGAAGCUCCACUUCUUGAUCCUUUUGGUUCUGAUUGUGGCAGGCCUCGUUUACGGAUUCUCCUAGGACAAACAAAUCGUUUAAAUUGUCUAACUGGAACAUCUUCAACAUCAACUACGAAAAGUAAUCCCAAUACCGCAUUCAAAAGUAUCUCAGAUCAUAAAAAUAAUUUAGCUAGUCGUCAGUCUCUAGCAAAAUCCUGUAUAACAUCAAAAGGAAGUACGAAUUCUAUUAAUAGUAUCUCUUCUUCGUAUAUAGUUCCAAUUAGUAAAACAGAUUUUUAAAAUCCACCCAUAAUUAUUUUCAAUAAAUUCUAAGAAACAGUAUUUCUUUCAUUGUAUUUUUUCUCCCAUGUGAUUUAUUCUUUUUUUUAGAUAUUUUUUGUGUUUCAUUACAUUAUCAAUAAUGUUGAUAGCCAAGUUACUGCAUUGAUUCUGUCAUUUUAUCCUGAACUUUCAUUUGUUCAAUAGUAAAUAUUUUUAUGUUAAGGCGGUCUUAAUUCUGGUUACCAAAUUUUGUUAGUUUGUAAUUGUACAGAAUCAAUAUAGAAAAACUCAAUGCAUAAUUCAGUCCAAUCGUCCUACAUUAUGUACUUAAAAAUCAAUAGUUUAUGUAAACGACAAGAGAAUUCAGCAAUUGCCAUCGGAUUAUUAUUAUUAUUAUUGUUAUUAUAUUCAGAAUCAUGUCUCCAAAAUUAUCCGAACAUGUAUAUAAUAUGAAAAAUAGUAUAUUUAUAAUAUGUAUCUACACUACUUACAAUAAAAUGGGCUUUAUCAUAUUAACUUUUUAUUCAUAAUCAACAAUGGAUUGUUUUAAUAAUCAUUAUAUUUCAAUUUAAUUAUUAAAUUCUGAAUUUGUAUGAUAUUGAACUCACUUGAAUUACACUAUGAAAAUGUAAAUGGAUGAUUUUUAUUUCUAUCUAUAAUUUAAAUAUAAUUAAAAUAUCGGAUUAAUUGUUUGUAUCUUAAAUAGUUAAUAAUAAAACUUUUUUUUUGUUGUUUUUACGCCUUUUUAAAUUAUUUGUUCAAUAAAGUUGAAUUUCUACC